AAAUUCGUUGUCUCGUAUGGUGUCGGGAAUUAUUUGUAUUUUUAAUGAUACGUAGGUUAUUAUUUUUGUUUUUGUUUUUUUUGCAGGUUGUAAUCAUUCUUAUGGCAGUUGCUCUGCUGCUGGUUACAGACGCACUACCUAGAGGCACAGAGGUUUACGAAACCCCGGACGGCCAUAUGUACAAGAUUAAAACGGAGAGAAAUGGCGAAGAGACAGUUACCAGAGAUGGUGAUGAUGAUGACAGACAAGUCACCAUAGCGAUGCACAAGCUCGGCAAGUGGGUCGUGCUGAUGGAAAAUGACAACGAAACAUGUUUCGUCAUUGACAUGACGGAAGAGGAGAUAACCCAGAAGGCUACGGUCGUAGACUUCGAAACCCUGGACUACGAGGUGAAAAACACCGAAGAAGAAGUGGACGUCGAGAUAAAAGCAACUUGUGAGAAACAUGGUACAGGCCGAGCCAUCAUUCAGCUGGGACCGAAAGAGGAAACCAACACUUCGCCCAAACUCCCGUUCUUCAAAGGUGGAAACGGAGGAAUUGUGAAACGUUCUACGUGCUGGAAAAUAUGCUACUUGGGCGUCAAAAUCUGCAGACGCCCUUGCUAUGUCUGCACACCUGUUUGCCAUGUCUACAUACGUUGGUGGUUUUGCAUCAGAAAAUGCUAAAUCCAUGAACAUCUCAGACUUUGAAUACAACUAUUAAAGAGACUCUCCUGAGUUUGCAGCCAUUGUAAAAUGUUUGCGAUAACAGAGCCUUGUUGGCGACUACUAUUUCAUACUUUUCUU